CUCUCUCUCUCUGUUUUUCAGUCUACAUGGAAGGAGACGGCUGCAAGAGUCAAAGACUGACGGGAGCCACAGUGUUUUCACACCACAGAACAGCCAAUAAGAAACUAUUCAAACACAAAACAGAAUGUACAAUGACGUUUUAUGCCGCUAUUAAAGGCUGGAAGUUAAUGCUUCGUAUGAUUGAGCUGGACAUUCCAGACCGGACAUCAAAAGGCAUCUGUAAUGAUGCCGUCUACAUUUAUGACCACAAAUCUGUUUAUGCUAACGGCAUGGACGAUGCUGGUGGUCAAGGAGGAAUUUGCGGAAACAGACUGCCUCCAACUUUAUAUUCAACUGAUUCGGUAAUGACCGUACAUUUUCGCUAUUUAAGUGAUCCUUAUUAA